AUGUCUCACACUAUCAAAUGGGGAGCCGGGCUCUCGGUCGCUCUACGGUCGCUCCCAGCUUUAAUUUUUCCUCCAGCCAUUUCUAUCAUUACUCCUACUCUACUCGCCCAAACCGUGCCUCUAGAUUCCAGACCUGAGCUUUUACAAGAAUUUCUAGGAUUGCCAGUCCUGGUUCAAGCCGCUGCUAUUUGGGUUGGCUUUGUUGUCUUGCGGAACUUGAUUCAGCGGUUACAGCGUCGUGCCGAUAGAAGGCGCCUUGGUCCCGAUGUAAUCGAAGUACCGCGGGUAAAACUAAGUUGGCCGUGGAAUCUUGACUUUAUUCCAUUGUCGAUUCGUACUCGCGAAGCUGGUUAUUGCGGGGAGCCAUUCGGUCAGCUUGCCAGUGAGUAUGGCUAUACAUUCAACCUAGGAUUGUUCGGAGAAGAUCAGAUUGUGACCAUCGAGCCCGAGAAUAUCAAAGCUAUACUGAGCACUGAUUUUAAUAGUUUUGAGAAAGGACCUAAAGUUCAGGAGAAGAUGGAGAGUGUUCUAGGAAAGGGCAUUUUUAAUUCUGAUGGCGACAUGUGGAAAUUCCAUCGUGGAAUGACUCGGCCGUAUUUCUCCCGUGACCGCAUCUCCCACUUCAACAAUUUCGCCCGUCACUCUGACCUCGCCAUCUCUAAAAUUCUCGCUCGACUCAACGAGCCUGCUCGACCUGGCUUGCCUAUGGCGGUGGACAUCCAGGAUCUGGUCGGUCGAUUCACUCUCGAUUCCGGAACCGAGUUCUUGUUUGGCCGAGACGUUUGUUCCCUCGAGUCGCCCCUACCUUAUCCACAAGAAAAACCCAAAGACGGUGCGGCAUCGUUUUCGAUGGCAUUUGGGCGUGCACAGGACUUCAUGGCACAUCGUUUCUCAUUAGCGGAACUGUGGGCAUGGCUAGAGCUUUUCUGGAAUCGUACGGAACAAGACAUGGACAUCAUCAACGCAUUUGUGACCCCGCUAUUAACGAAUAAAUUGGAAGAGAAACGAGCACUUGGAUCGGAUGUAAAAUCUAACUCUGUGACGAGCGAUGGCGUUGCGAAUGAAUUAGAAGAAGCCCAGGAUACUUUAUUAGAUCAUUUGCUUCGGCUAACCGAUGACAUCUCCGUGAUCAAAGACGAGCUCAUCAACAUCCUGGUAGCCGCUCGUGAUACAACAGCUUCGACCUUAACGUUUGCGGUGUAUUUACUAGCUGAGAACCCUCAAGUCAUGGCGAAACUCCGUGAAGAGGUUCUCAAUCGCCUGGGAGCAUCCAACCAUCCUACCUCGGAAGACUUCAAGCAGAUGAAGUAUCUGAGGGCUGUAUUGAAUGAAACUCUGAGGCUAUUCCCAGCUGUACCCAUGAACGAGCGUGCUGCCGCCAAGUCCACGGUUUUGCAUUCUGGGGGAAAGAAGUACUAUGUCCCAGCUGGAGCCAAACGCAAAGAUCUCUGGGGUCCGGAUGCUGAAGAUUUUGACCCCGAACGAUGGCUAGAUGAACGAUUAAAGAAAUACGUGACCCCAAACCCGUUCAUUUUCCUGCCCUUCAACGCGGGUCCCCGUAUCUGCCUUGGUCAACAAUUUGCAUACAACGAAGCCUCGUACUUCCUUUCUCGCCUUCUGCAGCGCGUAGAGUCGAUUGAACUUGUUCCCGAUGCCUUUCAAGACGGCACUCUGCCACCGCCUGAGUGGAAGAACGGAGAAGGCCGCAAGGCCUAUGAGAAGGUGUGGCCGAAGAGCCAUCUGACAAUCUACUGCAAUGGUGGGCUCUGGGUCAGGAUGAAGGAAGCUACUCCGGCUACAGAAUAA